CUCUUCGCAAUUUGUUCAGAUGUUCUGGUUUUUAAACACUAAUGAUCGUAAGACAUUAUGUAAUGUUUUUUUGUCACAAACUACCAAAAUCCUCAUCGUACAGACAUUUGUACAGUCGUGGUUUAUUGGUCGUUGUUUUAUUAAAUCCCCCAGUUAAACACAUCAUCCUUCCAAGCGCAGUUGUCCAAACUGGCCUUAAAUAAUCUGUUGACAUUUUAUUGUGCCACGGUUGAAUGAAAAAUCCCCAGCUAGAGAAAAAUCCUCAGCAAUUUCGUUUGUUUUACAACCGUCUUUUGAAAAUUGGCCUUGAAUACCAAUUGCAUACAAUUUCAUGCCCGGGGUUCGAUUAAAUACCUAUUUACUUCCAUUUUGAUCCCAUAAAUUGCACUAAUAAAUCAAGCUGGUCUCGCGAUUAUCUUAUAAUCGGCUCGCCCAGCUCUUCUCCAAUCAAGAAUGUUUUCAUUAAUUACCCAUAGCGAAUCCUUUGUCGUCGCCCAUCAAUGGAAUGCGAUAGUUAGAGCCCUCGUCUGGUGUGUCAGUUUUCCGUGCUCAGGAUGGUGGUGGACUUUAUCAAUUCUCAAUAACAUUUUGGUUCUGUAUAGCCAGUAUUUGUUGUUUUUUCGUAGCCAAGGUUUGUUGCACAUUUGGCAGGCGGCAGUCAUUUCACGGCUCUUAAAAAGUUGCAAAGGCGGUGCCCGGUUUGGAGUCACUUUCUCAAGGAGAAACCUUUGUGAAGUCUGUUUACAUUUGAAUAUUGACAUUGCAAAGUAUUCACCUGGCCGUCUUUCCUUACUAGUCGGAUUGGUUUUCAUGGUGUCGUUAAAGUCUUUGACGAAGAAAUUUUGCUACUCCAAGAAUUCAAGUUAAAGUUUCAAAUUUCCAGCAAAAUGUCAAAAGUUGCAUCAAUAACAAUAAGUGCAAAGUCUCGAACAAGGUCUGGAUCAUAUGACACCUCACCAACUGCAACCCAUGCACCAAAAAAUGGAGUUUAUGAGGAUACCAACUCAAGUGAACGAAGUCCAGCAAAAACUGUUGGCCUCACCUCAAGUGAUAGUGAAGAGGAUAAACAUUUUCGAAGGAGAGGGAGCAGCAGUAGUGGCAGUCCAGAGAGGAAGAGGCAAACGGGUUCAAGAAGCUAUGACACGUACGACCAAGAACGAGGAUUGAUACAUGCUGGUCGAAGCGGGAAAAUGUCGUCACGUCAACGCACGCUAGAACAAGAACUUAACACAGAAGACCCAUCGUUUGUCACAAGUAGCGAUGAUGCUUUGGCUAGUUCAGACGAUGGCCUGGAAGAUAAUUUCAUACCAAGAAAGCAUUCGGGCCAGUAUUAUGUGGCGAAAGGCAGCAGCGAAAGUGAACAUGAAGAGGGAGGUAACAUAUACCGUAAAAAGAAUAUCGAGCCACCGCGUGCAAAGUCUGAACCUGCGGGAACUCGCGUGAAAUCCGCGACUGGAAAACUUUUGGACAAUUAUGAAAGAGACCAGUCAUUUGAUAACCUUUCCGAAGGGGAGCGUGAUAUUGAGAAGCCAAAGACAUCAGUGUCGAUCUUAAAGGCUGCUUACUCUCAGCAAGCAGUUGAGACGAAGCCACUGGACAGGUACAAAGUAGACGAGGAGCUGGAGCAAAUAAAGUACACAAUGCAGGCAAGGGGUAUGAUGGAAAACGAGGAUUCCGAUGACGGAGGGCGCAAACAGGAGACUGAGAGAGAAGUGCUGUAUAGAAAACCAAUAAGUAGCAUCAAGGACCGUUUCUUUGCAGCAGCAAGUGGGCGCAAGGUGAGAUCGAGUAGCGACAGUGAAGAUGAUGUUGAAGAUGAUGGCAAAAAGGAGGAGGUUGUUCCGGCACCUCAGCGCGUUAAUGAAAUGAAAAAUCAGUGGCAGAAAAAGGGAAAUUGGGAAGACAGGAACAAGGAUAGCAUCGAAGAAAUCUGUGUACCAGUGAGGUAUGUUUUUGCAAUGAAAGAGCGGUGGAUGCAGCCGACGCAUUGGUAUUAUGAGGUGGAGAAAGAUGAAAUCACAGUGCCUUCACAGAGCGUUUCUGAAAUGAAGUCUGAAUGGCAGAGACCCCGUGUUUGGGAAUACGAGGGAAACAAAGAGGAAAUCGAUGUAUCUCCCCAGACCGUUCUUGCCUUGAAAUACCAAUGGCAACAGCCAAGGGUCUCAAAAAAUGAGGAAAACAAACAGCAGGUCGUUCUUUCUGAGGACGGCGUAACGAAAAUGAGACAGGUUUGGUCUCAGGUUGAGAAUUUACUGGAUGAUGUCGAUGGAAAUAAGGAGAACCGGGAAGAGAUUAUAGCACCAGUUAAGCCUGUCCGUGAAAUGAAAAUCAGUUGGCAGCAAGGCGAGCCAUGGAUAGAAAGCGAAAAGAGUUUAUUAGAUGCUGAAAAGGCACUUGAAGACAUAAAUGCUCGUGAUGAAAUCGAUGUUUGUCAAGUUGGAAGUGCUCGAAAUGCAUUUAAAGAACUCGAGAAUCGUCGAGAUGGCACCUCCGUUGUAAACAAGCCUCGGGUGAAUAAAAUUGCUGAUCCGAAACAAAUCAUGGAAGCGAGACGGCAAAAGACAUACGGUGAUGGCUCUGAGAUUGAUGGUAUGGUGCGCCGUGAAGGACAGGACGAGCUCUCUACCGUUGAAUUUGACCUCAGUCAGAUCCAAGCUGCAAAGCACACCUUCAAGACAUUGACGGUAUCCAACGACAGCGAAAUGAAGAGCACACGAAGGCCUUCGAUGAAACUUAUUAAGCAAGAGGAUGUUGGCAAAACAAUGGAUGCCCAUCGGAGAAAAGUCACCGCCGAAGACUUCGAUGAUUAUGCAGAGCAUAUUAAACCAAAUGGGACCCAUGCAUCUGCGCAGUACGUGAAUGGUGAGCCUACGCAGCCGGAAGAUGCUUAAUUGGUCUAAAAUUUAGACCAACUCACGUAACUGUACUUAACGAUAAGCUAAUUUAUUACUUGGACUUAACAUUUUAGUGUUUAGUUGCUCCGAUAAGUAGUGAUGAUUUCAUGGCAGCUUACCUCAUGAAAUAUCGAUUUACCGAAGAAGGACACUUAUCCCUAUUCCCCGUGAAGCAGUCUUUAUCGAAUUUCGCACCAAAUUGGGCUAUUUAUCUGGAAAAUCGUGCUGGUGGCUAGAACGAGGAUCAUAAAGCCCCAUCCUUUGUACAUAUAUAGGCAAAAUGCUCCACCCCCUUUCUCGGUUUUAUUUCGAGCAGAUUUUAGUGUUUUUUGACUGAUAUGCGCACACUUAUUGUUUACAGUGAGAAGAGCUGCCCGGACUGUGGUCUAAAAUUGACGGUAAUAGCUGUGCUAGAUGUAGAAAUGAAUAUGAAAGCCUUUAUUUUGCCUCCAACGCGAUCCAUCUAUUGCUUCAAAAUGGCACCCCAUCUCUCGAAAAUGGCCUCCGAGAUUGUUUCUCACCCCUUAACUUUGAUCAGGCAAACAGAUUUUAUGCAAGUUUUGAUGCCUACCAGACGAGAUGAUCCGCUGAGCACAGUAGAUAGUUGAAAUUGAUUGUAUUGAUGAUUGUAUGGUAAUUUCAUUUUUAUUUUCCAGUCAGUUAUCAAGCAGAAAACUUCGUCGCUCGACAUUCUUUCAUCAGUUCCCUGUGCUUUGCCACGUUUUAGAGACAUUUAGUGCUUAAGCCUAAUUUGUCUCUCAAAAGAGAUCAAGACCAAAAUUAAUUCUAGAGUAGCCGUAUCAUGUUUCGCAGUUUAGAAAAUCCACUGAUUUUUGUUACAGAUUUUCAAGCUUUAGGUUUAUUUUAAUUACUUGGCUAUUUUAUUAAAUCCUUCUAAACUGAUGUUUUUGAUUUAGCAGAUCUAGCGAUAGUUUUAGAGAUUGUAGAAUUAUUAAAGAGAUACAUUUUUCCUUUCA